AUGUUGCCAGAUCAAGACUACAACCCCAGCCAAUGGAAUCAUUUGAAAGGACUGACCUGGGCAGACCCUAAGUUCUACGCAAGGGGUAAUGUGGACAUUCUAUUGGGAAUGGACGUCAUUGUCGAAAUUAUGAAGUCAGGGUUCGUGAAGGGACAAGAAGGGCAACCAAUCGCACAGGAAACAAAAAUUGGAUGGAUAAUGUCCGGAAAAAUUGAUCGACAGUGGCAGUCGCAGGCCGUGAAAUGUUUGGUCAGUACAUUGGAUAAAAGGGAAGAUUGUGAAGAAAAAAUUGAUCUGACGAAAUUCUGGGAAAUCGAGGAAUUGCAUCCAGAACGAGAAAUGACGGCCGCAGAACAAGAAUGUGAAAAUUUCUACACCAGCACCAUCAAAAAGGAUACAGAUGGGAAAUAUAUAGCAAAAAUUCCAUUCAAAGCAGACAUGGGUCCAGAAACGUUGGGGAAUUCCAGAGGAAGUGCAUGGCUAGAUUCCUGCAGUUGGAAAAAACGAUUCGCUCAGGAUCCAACAUUGAAAGAAGAGUACACAAAGGUAAUUAGGGAAUAUUUAUCCUUGGGCCACAUGAAAGAAGUGACAAAGCUCAGCCCAGAGAAAAAAUUGUAUUUCAUACCGCAUCAUGCCGUUGUAAAACCAGAUAGUCUAACAACCAAAUUGAAGAGAAGCAACAGUUUGGAAAACGCAAUCAAAGAAAAGGAUGAGGUGAUCAAAGCAUUGCAAUCGGAGGAAUGA